CUUCCUUCUCCCACGUACCUGAGCACCUCUCUCUUCUCUCCGCCGACUCACUCGCUCGCUCACUCACUCACCUCCCUCCUCGGCACCAUGACCACCUGCAGCCGCCAGUUCUCCUCCUCCGGCUCCAUGAAGGGCUCCUGUGGCAUUGGCGGUGGCUCCAGCCGCAUGUCCUCCGUCCUGGCCGGAGGGUCCUGCCGGGCCUCCAGCGCCUUCGGGGGCAUGUCCUCCUCCCGCUUCUCCUCCGGUGGGGGCUACGGGCUGGGAGGCGGCUAUGGCGGUGGCUUCAGCAGCGGCAGCAGCUUUGGUGGAGGCCUUGGUGGAGGCCUUGGUAGCUUCGGUGGUGGCUUUGGUGGCUUCGGUGGUGGCUUCGGUGGUGGCUUCGGUGGUGGCCUCGGUGGUGGCAUAGGUGCUGGCAUUGGCGGUGGUGAUGGACUCGUGGUGGGUAGUGAGAAGGUGACCAUGCAGAACCUCAACGACCGCCUGGCCUCCUACCUGGACAAGGUGCGCGCCCUGGAGGAGGCCAACGCCGACCUGGAGGUCAAGAUCCGGGACUGGUACCAGAGGCAGCGGCCCAGUGAGGUCAAGGACUACAGCCCCUACUUCAAGACCAUCGAGGACCUCAGGAACAAGAUCCUCACGGCCACCGUGGACAAUGCUAAUGUCCUCCUGCAGAUUGACAACGCCCGCCUGGCCGCGGAUGACUUCCGCACCAAGUACGAGACGGAGCUGAACCUGCGCAUGAGCGUGGAGGCCGACACCAACGGCCUGCGCCGGGUGCUGGACGAGCUGACCCUGGCCAGAGCCGACCUGGAGAUGCAGAUCGAGAGCCUGAAGGAGGAGCUGGCCUACCUGAGGAAGAACCACGAGGAGGAGAUGAACUCCAUGCGAGGCCAGGUGGGUGGAGACGUCAACGUGGAGAUGGACGCCGCCCCCGGCGUGGACCUGAGCCGCAUCCUGAACGAGAUGCGCGACCAGUACGAGAAGAUAGCGGAGAAGAACCGCAAGGACGCCGAGGACUGGUUCUUCAGCAAGACCGAGGAGCUGAACCGCGAGGUGGCCACCAACAGCGAGCUGGUGCAGAGCAGCAAGAGCGAGAUCUCCGAGCUCCGGCGCACCGUGCAGAACCUGGAGAUCGAGCUGCAGUCCCAGCUCAGCAUGAAAGCAUCCCUGGAGAACAGCCUGGAGGAGACCAAAGGCCGCUACUGCAUGCAGCUGGCCCAGAUCCAGGAGAUGAUCGGCAGUGUGGAGGAGCAGCUGGCCCAGCUGCGCUGCGACAUGGAGCAACAGAACCAGGAGUACAAGAUCCUGCUGGACGUGAAGACCCGGCUGGAGCAGGAGAUCGCCACCUACCGCCGCCUGCUGGAGGGCGAGGAUGCCCACCUCUCCUCCUCCCAGUUCUCCUCUGGCUCUCAUUCAUCCAGAGAUGUGUCCUCUUCCAGUCGCCAGAUCCGCACCAAGGUCGUGGACGUGCACGAUGGCAAGGUGGUGUCCACCCACGAGCAGGUCCUUCGCACCAAGAACUAAGGCUGCUCAGCAUUGCUCAGGCCUAGGAAGCAUGCCCCCCACCCCCUACUGUGUGGACACAGAUCUCAUUGAGGGAUUCCCCUCUCCAGCAACACCGCCCCCACCCUCCCCCCUGCCCCCCCCUCACACACACACAAGCACUUCACACCUGAGCCCUGCCUCACCCUUGCCCCCUCCUGGCAUUCAAUAAAGCUUUGUUAUCUGAGUUGCACAA